AUGAAAGCCUCCACAGCCUUUGCUCUCCUUUCCACCGGCGUUGCCCGUGUCUUGGCCGCCCCCUUCCUGGAGGCGCGCCAGGACAGCAACGAGUUCAUCUGGGAGAACGAAGAUGGCGUCGGCAAUGCCCAGGCCAGCAUCGGCGACGGGUUGAUGAGCUUUGGCAACAUUGUGCCUUCGACCACCCUCCAGCAGAUCGACGAGCACUGCACCUUGACGGGCUGCACACCAGGCGAGGAGCUCUCUGUGCCGGCCGUGGUCGUCAACUCCAACUACGGCAACAACGUCGACAUCAAGCUGACGGUCGAGGGCUCCUUCAACGCCGCGGGCGACCGCGGCAGCAAGGCCCAGCUGCUCGACCUCGCCAAGAAGGCCAUGGAGGAGCUGUUCAACAAGGGCAUAGCCACGUGGGAGCAGGACGUCAAGUACCUCGAGGACCGCUGCCCGGGUUUCCAGACCAACUGCAACCCCGAUGGUGCCAAGUAUGCUGAUCAGUGGAAGAGCACCAACCACGUCAGUGUCCGCGUCAACAAUGACGAUGACGGUGGUCUCGCUGGGUUCCUCAACGUCGCAUUUAGCUACGGUGACACGGAGGGUGGCGUCUGCGGCGCGCUCACCGCGGCCGGUGUAGGACUCGGCCUCGCCAACGCCUUCUCCGGCGCUGGCCUCGUCCUUUUGGGUGUUGCCUGUGCCGAGAUUUGA